AUGAUGACGUGCCGUCUGCUGUGCGCCCUGUUGGUGCUCGCCCUGUGCUGCUGCCCGUCCGUGUGCGCGGCAGAGACUGCUGGAGUCAAACCUGCUGACUCGGUUUUGUCGUCUUUACAGUCGCAAGAGGCAGGUCUGAGGACCGAUCCUUCAAAUUUAAAUACCCAUAAGGAAUCGGAUCUGGAUACUCCCGGUGCGCCAAAUACACCAGUUAAUGCCGUUGCGGGAGUGAAAUCAGACGUGUUGUCCACUACGCAAGAGGAAGAUAGUGAGCCUGGUGAUCCAGGGCCAGACGGUGCGGAUGCUGAUUCGCCAGUUUCGAGGGAUAAACCCAAUAAGACGGUAGGAAUAGUUACGGAGCAUGAUACAGAAAAGUCCAAAACUGAUAAAGAGGUCGAGCUGCGGACACAAACCACGACAACCACUACCACCACCAAGGCACCGUCCACCACCACUACGACAACGACUACAGAGGCACUAAGUACUACGACUACGGAGGCGCCAACCACGACGACCACCCGCGCACCGUCACGUCUGCGUGAAAUCGACGGCAGCCUCAGCAGCUCUGCGUGGGUGUUUGCCCCGCUGCUGCUUGCCGUAUCCGCGCUGGCGUACACCACUCUGUGCUGA